AUGCGAUCUAAUGUUCAGCCCAAAAAUCAUGCUCAAAUCUUUUUCGUUAACACGUUCAAUUGGUCUACACCAAAUUUCGACAUGAAAAUAAUUCCGAUUCCAGUUCUCGAAGAUAAUUACUCGUAUUUGAUUGUUGACGACGUAACGAAAGAAGCUGCUGUCGUUGAUCCAGUAGAACCAAGCAAGGUACUUGAAGUAUCAAAGGCGGAAGGCGUAACCAUCAAACACUUGCUUACCACACAUCAUCAUCAGGAUCAUUCAGGAGGUAACGGGGACUUUGUCAGACAACAAUCAGGCGUAAAAGUUUAUGGAGGUGAUGAUCGAAUCCCUGAAAUCACCGACAAACUAACGCACGAACAAGAAUUCAAGAUUGGAAAUGAUAUAAAUGUCAAAGCGUUGCAUACUCCAUGUCACACUACUGGCAGUAUUAGUUAUUACUUGACGGAUGCUAGCAAUGAUAAUGAUAAAGCCGUUUUCACGGGUGACACCCUUUUCAUCGGAGGCUGCGGAAGGUUCUUUGAAGGAACAGGACAAGAGAUGCACACCUCACUCAAUCACAUUCUAGGCUCUCUACCACCCGAAACGAAAGUAUACUGUGGACAUGAAUACACGGAAUCCAAUCUACGAUUUGCCACUUCUGUUGAUCCCGAUAAUCAAGCAUUAAAAGAUAAAAUAUCAUGGGUGAAGAAUGGUGGUUUUGGUAGUAUUAGUGAUAGAUUGAUUGUUACGGUGCCUAGCACUAUUGGGGAUGAGAAGAAGUUUAAUCCAUUUAUGCGUCUUGACAGUGAUGCGAUCAAAAAAGCCGCUCAGAAAGAAGAUCUGGUAGAAAUUAUUUCAGAGCUGAGAGAAUUAAAGAAUCAUUUUUAG